CUCUACUUCUAGUCAUUCCUUCCUCACUUAUUCAUUUGUUUGUUGAUGGCCACUCGUUACCUUGUUGGCUUCAGUGGCCUAAGUUUGAUUCUUCUCUUCUGGUCAUUCACUUCAUCUCACUUCUCUUGUUGCAUUAAUAGUGUAGCUUGUUCUGGUGCUUUCUGUAACGCAGCCAUCGGCUCAAGUUAUCUUGUUUAGCUUUUUUACAUUCUCCACAACAGUACUGUUUUAUCGUCAUGAAGCUCUCGGCCGUCCUUCUGGGCACUGUGGUUGGAACAGCCCUAGCUGAAGUGCCAAAUAUUGUCGCAAAGGGAUCAAAAUUCUUCUAUAGCAACAAUGGCACCCAAUUUUUCAUCCGCGGUAUUGCUUAUCAGCAGGAAUAUUCGGGCAAAGGCGACACGCCAUAUACCGACCCUCUCGCCGAUCCAUCGAUCUGUGGGCGCGACAUUGCAUAUCUAACCCAGCUGCGGACCAAUGUGAUUCGAACAUAUGCCCUCGACCCGUCACAGAACCACGACGAGUGUAUGAAGAAGCUCGCCGAGGCAGGCAUUUACCUCAUCUCAGACCUCUCUUCGCCGAGAGAAUCUAUCGAGCAGAACGAUCCGAAAUGGGAUUUGGAUCUCUACAAACGGUACACACAGGUGAUUGAUGCCUUUGCCAAGUAUGACAACGUCAUCGGUUUCUUCACGGGGAAUGAGGUCUCCAACGGGAAGAACAAUUCUGGGUCCAUCGCGUUUGUACGCGCUGCGGUGCGGGAUAUGAAGGCCUACAUCAAGCAAAAGAAGUACCGGGAGUCGUUGGCGAUCGGAUAUUCCACUGAUGACGAUAAGUCGAUCCGGGAUGAUCUCAGGGAUUAUCUAGUCUGUGGAGACCAGGAUAGCCAGAUCGAUAUGUUCGGCUAUAAUAUCUACGAGUGGUGUGGAAAGUCCUCAUUCAAGGAGUCUGGGUACGAGGAACGGACCAAGGAAUUCGCCAACUACCCCGUGCCCGCUUUCUUCUCGGAGUACGGAUGUAAUGACCCGCGGCCUCGUCACUUCGAUGACGUUCCAGUGCUGUACAGCGAUAAGAUGAACGACGUUUGGAGUGGCGGCAUCGUGUACAUGUACUUUCAGGAAACAAACGACUAUGGCCUGGUCACGCUGGACGGCUCGAAAAUCAGCACGAUGUCCGACUUCAACAGUUUGUCCUCCCAGAUUCAAAAGGCGACCGCGACCGGUGUAAAAAGCGCGGAUUACACACCCACCGCCAGUGCGCGGACUUGCCCCAAGGUUGGCGACGACUGGCAAGCCGACGCCAAAGAUCUUCCACCAACUCCCAAUGCGGAUCUCUGCUCAUGUAUGGAGGAAGGCCUCACCUGUGUGGUCAAGGACUCUGUAUCGGAGAAGGACUUUGGCAAACUGUUUGGCACGGUGUGCGGGAAUGAGGGUGUCUGUGACGGGCUGGCUCAUAAUCCGAAAAAAGGUAAAUUUGGAGCCUAUAGCAUGUGCAGCCCACGGCAGCAACUCUCGUUUGUUAUGGAUCAAUAUUAUCAGAAACAGAGCAAGGAGAAUCAAGCUUCGGCGUGCGACUACAAGGGAGCCGCCUCCACCAAGAAGUCCAGCAAGCCCACCGGGACUUGCUCGUCCCUCCUGGAGCAGGCUGGUUCAGCCGGUACCGGUUCGGUCUCGUCCAAGCCGACAGGCAGUGGUGGUGGUAGUAGUAGUAGCAGCUCUUCGACUUCCGAUUCCGCCGCUGGCCUGAUGCUGUCGCCACGGUCGGUCCACGUUGGUGUUUGGCAGAUCGGUGCAUAUGUGGUAACAGCGAUAGCUACUGCGGCUGGGAUGAUCCUGCUGUGAGAGGUAACGAGCAUUAUCUGCGGUGACUUGGUUUUUAUGGUUGAUUCAUUCGUUUUCAUGGCCACCCGGCCUUCAUCGCUGAGGCUUCUAGGACAUCAACUUGGGUUGACCCUUUAACUCUGUACCAUAUUGCCAUUCGUGAUAGCAAUUAUAUGUCCCUUCAGUUUUCCUCUAUCAAUACUCCGAGUAAGACGUAGGGACCUUGUAAGUAGAUUUGACAAUCGUCUCUGCGACCAC